AUCCCUUUCCCUUCUCCCCCCGCAACUGGAAUAAGCAGCUCGCAUAGAACAUGAUCCAAGCAACCAGCACGACGCUGCGCCGUUGCGCGGCGCGAGCCUGCAACGGCGGCAGCGGCAGCCAGGCGCUCAAGCAGCACGCCCAGCGAGCAACGUUCGCGUCCGGCCCUCUCGAAAAGACGGCAUACCACCAGAUGCACGUCGACAUGAAGGGCAAGAUGGUGCCCUUCGCGGGCUACGAGCUCCCCGUCCUCUACGAGGGCGAGGGAGGAGGGGUUAUGAACGAGACUCUGCACUGCCGCGCGCCGGGGAAGGCCAGCGUGUUCGACGUGAGCCACAUGGGGCAGAUAAGGUGGACCGGCAAGGAUGCGGCGGAUUUCAUCGAGAGGUGCGUUGUGGGGGACAUCAAGGGGCUCAAGGCCGGGGAGGGGCGGCUGACGCUCAUCACCAACGCCAACGGCGGAAUCGUAGACGACACCGUGGUCACGAACGCCGGGGACUAUAUCUACAUGGUCGUGAACGGGGCGUGCAAGCACGGCGACAUGGCGCACUUCAAGGAGCAGAUGGCAGACUUCAAGGGCGACGUGCACAUGGACUACAUGGAGACGCAGCAGCUCCUGGCGCUGCAGGGGAAGGGCGCCCCCGCCGCCCUCCAGUCCCUGAUGCCCGACGGAGUGGACGUUACGAAGAUGCUUUUCAUGACGGGCGUCGACACGACCGUGGCCGGCAUCGAGGGCUGCCGGGUGACUCGCUGCGGCUACACUGGCGAGGACGGCUACGAGGUGAGCGUUCCGUACGACUCGGCGGUGGCCCUGGCGGAGUCGUUCCUCGGCAUCUCGGGCGUCGAGGUGGCGGGCCUGGGGGCCCGCGACGCGCUGAGGCUGGAGGCCGGGCUCUGCCUGUACGGGAACGACAUCGACGCCACUACUAACCCGGUGGAGGGGUCAUUGGCGUGGACUAUGGGGGGUCCCAAGGGACGGCGAAGACUUGAGCAGGGCUUCCUGGGCGCGGAACACUUCCUCACCCCCGAGGGAAAGCUCAAGAAGCAAAGCAGGAAGCGCGUUGGCAUCUUCGGCAUGAGGGCGCCCGCUCGCGACGGCACCGAGAUUUUCGACGCUGAGGGGAAGACCAAGAUCGGGACGAUCACGAGCGGGACCUUCAGCCCCUGCCUCAAGAAGCCGGUGGCAAUGGGCUACGUCGAGACGGCGCACGCCAAGAACGGUACCGACGUCAUGCUCAAGAUCCGCAACAAAAUGGUGCCGACCGCCGUUACCGCGAUGCCGUUCCUCGAAACGUCGUACUACAAGCCGUAAAACCGAUCACCCUUUUUUUUGGCCCACACGCGUUGGGAGCAAAAAUGUGUUGGGGGUGUGUGUGUGUUUAUGGCAGAUCAGUUGACCUUUUACGGGUGGUUCGAAACCGCAAAAGAGCUGACGCAAAUUUGGUGGCACAAGCAAGUGUGUAGCAGCAGCUUCCCACGCACCGUGCUGCUGGUGGUGGUUGGAGAGUGAGGAUGGUCGUUGUCUGUGUUGACGUGGGUCCUUCAUGGUGUGCCCGGCAUGGCGUCGCUGCCGGUCGGCCUCGACAAGAGGGCACCGAGGAGCGUUGCCCAAGGGCGACCGAUCGAAACACGAGUGGCAAGAAGAUUGGUGUAUAUUACAGCCUGUGCUAAACGCGUUGGUCAGUAGAGAGUGGGAUAACCCGCAGCGGUGAAGUCCAACACAGCAGUACUGCGAGUGGCGUGUGGCUACGCCGCUCGACUGGUUUGUGCGUUCGGGUGGCAGAAACAAGGCCAGGGAAAUCCUGUUUCGGCCUAUCCUGUUCUAUCCGAUGUCGAGAGGAAAUCCUGUUUCGUGUUUUAGGUGGCUUUGUUUUUGUGGGGUUCUUCCACGAACAGGCAGCAGCGGUGUGUGCCAGGGGGUGUGGAUGUGUUCUACUGUAUAUUCCAGGCUGUAGGGAGGCAUUCGGUCACGUGGGGGUUGAGCGCAUUCGUUGUUCAUUUUGCAACGUUUUGUUGAAGUUUCCACAUGUACUUCUCGUGCACAUGCGAGCCAGCAGGAUCAGGAUGAAUGUUAAGGGUCAUGAGC